AUGUCGGAGCUCGAGAACAACUUGUCGGAGAUCCGUGGGUCGCUGCGGGUCACCUACACCGGUCUUCAUCAGCUCGUCGGGGAGUGUGGCGUCACGACAACCAUCCCGGCGAACCCCGACGAGUUCUCGCUGACGUCCUCGCUUGCGGAACUGGCUACGGCAAUGGAGGCGAUACCCUCCAAACAUGCGGCCAGGAUCGUGGAGGAGGCGUCAAACGGGAUUUACACCGGGGCCUGUCACGUCCUAGCGUGCCAAGGCAAUGAGGAACCUUCAGAUAACAUUGGUAGUGAUGAGAUCCAUGAAGAAUCAGAUGAAAGUGGUGGGGAGGAGGGUUCUGAAGAACAAGUUGAUGAUGGCGAUGACGAGGACGAGGACAAUGAUGACGAGGAGAAUGGAAAUGAUUCAGAAUAUGAUGAUGAUGAUUAUUGA